AUGAAGCAUGUUUGCAUCGAUCCUGUAGCUUACCAGAGCCAGGAAACCGCCAUGCGUUUUGAGAGGGUAGGCGGAAAGCAAGCUGGCAUUGGUCCUGUGAGUGAAAGUAGCCGGGAAAGCUGGGCGGCUCCGAAGCUUUCGCCUCAUAUCCGCGGCUUUGGUGGAGACACCCGCCCUCACGCCGACCUUUUGCAGCAGCGAGAACUCACCCAUCGUAUCCCAGACACCCCAAACCUCUUCUUCAUCUCCACUGGCAAUGCCGAACGCACCUCUGACGACCUCCGCACCGCGAAUGAUACGACCAACACCCUCCGGUUCGCCGCAGCGACUCCCAAUGAUUGUGACGCACAAAGCGAGAACCUCGACAUCCGUGAACAGUGCUCGAUGCUCAGCAAUCUCUGCAUGCCACCAACUCCGGCGGGAGUGUCUCUCGUACUCGAUCCCAUCGCCGCAGCCGCCCUCGCCGCCGUUCCUCGUCUCAUGAAAAUCUUUCAUCAAGGACCUCAGGUGGUGAAGACGCUUGUGCGCUAUGCGGAUCGCUACCCUGCUCAGAAUGGCCGCUUGGGAUACGCUACUAGCUGCCUCGAAAUUACAGCCCAGAAGACCUUCAACUGUUCAUCAAGAGCGGCGAGAUCACGCAUACAGAAUCGAUUAGCACCAUGCCCAAGUUCCACAAGGCUAUUCGCCGCGCCUUGGGCGAGAAGAAUCGCGACAACCCUGCGGAGAUGGAGCUUCGAAAGUCGACACGUACGGCAGAUGCUUUGCGGAGUUCAGCCGUAUCGUGGAGAUCUGGAAUCCACGGAUAACGCGCUGACCGUCGCGCCCACCGAGCGUGUCAACAUCGAGCUCAAGGAUGCUAUAUUACGCUGGCCCGUUGGUAAGAAGGCUGAGGACUUGACCUACGAUGAACUUAUCAGUGAUGCCUUUGCCAACGAGGAGGCCUCCAUAUACCAUCGCAUCGCGGAGCACAAACAGUCGGCCGCUUUAUCUUCGACACGUACAUCAACGCGACGCGAAACGGCACUUCUUCUAGAGCACCUGCUGCCGCGCCGCGAACAGCAAAAACACCCGCUUCGGUCAACGCGACUCCGGAAUUGCGGCGGCCGUGACCCCACCACCGGCCAUUUCCAAUCGGCAUCUGCGCCAUUGACUACCUCGAAGCACUGUGCCGGCGCCAACGACAAGAGGGAAUGCCCUUGCGUCAAGGCCAAAGAAGCUGGCAAGGCCAAUCGCGCACGCCUUCCAGCAAUUGCUUCAUCUGACGGUGGAGUUGCACUCGUGUCCGGAGCGCUGCCGGAAAACGGAGCAACCUUGAGCAAAGUCGCGCUCAAGGGGAUCUCUCCGAGCUACUUCAGUAAUUCCAUCCGCCAGAAUCUUCUAGCUACGGCCAACUCGCACACGCCCGUACGGCGCAAUCAAGCACGGCAUCAUCUAUACUUCAUCGCUUUUCCGUAUCAGUUCAGCGGCCUUGAAGGACAUCAAGCUUUGGACUACACUGAAUACCUGCAAAACUAUCAUUUACCUAUGUUCAUUCUUCCAACGCGCGCGCCGUCGAGCGACCAAACCAUGCCACUGUCCCAUAACACUUGGAGUGCCAGUGCUCAGAUCUCUGCGAUCUACAGCACCCAGUGUCGAGCCGAUGAGCCGAGCACCAGGUGUCCAGCCUGGCCGCCCAGCAACUGCAAGUACUCGGCGUCAUUGUCUGGCGCAUUCUUCUACACGCCCAUACGAAAAACGACAUCCGCUCAUCAAAAGCGAUAUGCGCUGACGAAAAUUGACAUCCGCCCACGAAAAUCAACAUGCGCUCACGAAAAUCGACAUGCGCAGGCUCACACCUACCUCCACGAUGGCAGCGCAGCCGCGGGAAUUCUCGCAAAGGCCCGGCAUCACCAGCAGCUUGUCAAUUCGCAGAAGGAGCAUGUCGUCAUCUAUGCGGCGCGCGAAAAAAGAAUGCCGCUCCAAGGACGAGCAGAUUCGAGAGCGACGACAGUACCUGAAGAUUCUCAAUCGACACAACGGCUAUCAGUUCCUCGAUCUCAGCUGAUCUCAAGCGGUGAUGAAGAGGUGGAGUUCGGCAGAAGGAGAAGGAGAAUCACAGGGCAAAGCGGAUGCCCGAAGUACACACCGAUCAUGGUCGGGAUGUCUACGUUACGUGAGCAUGUUCGCCGCGGUGAUAAAGUGCUAGAGUUCGGCAGAGCGAGAAGGACAAGCGGCUGCCGAAAUAACACACCGAUCAUAAUUGCGUACGCGCAUCUUCGCUACGUGCUUGAGCACAUGUUCCGCAGACCACGGCCGUUGACGGAGUGCACUUAUUACUCACUAUCAAUAAUAACCACUUUCCGGAGCCGCAGAGGCAUCCUCGACCAAGCGCCCGGGCUGGAUCUCCUCGCCACGCAGAAGCCAGAAGCUGUCGCCAAAGAUGGAUCGACAGCAUUAUUCCUCGACAUUGCCGCCUCACACCACGAAUUGCCCGAGCAGAUGAUGGGGCAGCGGCUGGGUGGGCGCAUAGCGGAGGUGCUCGAGAUGCACACGGAGGAGAAGGCUAUGUGGGCGCAGCGUGCACAGUCAGCGGUACUGGAGGGCGAGGAGUAUCUGAGGGCUGCACGCAGGGAAGUGGUAGUGCUCUAUAGCCUCAUUCAUCCAAAGGAGCGAACUGGUGUCAACCUAACCAAGGUCCUCAUGCGAAUGGCCAUUGCCGGAGCACAGUCAUUUGUCUGCGGUACGGUUAAUACAGUAUCCAGCCUCGUAGAGAAGGACUUCCUCUUCGACCUUGAGGCUACCAUUGUUUAUCAAGUGGUAAGGACUUCACGUAACUCCCGACACCAGGUGCUCCUUGUCCGACCUGCCGACACCUGGUGCUGCACCUGGUGUCGCAUCUGGUAUCGCACCUGGUAUCGCACCUAG